CUCUCCCAGCCUCGCCGCAGCGUCGGAGACCACCCAUGUCCGCGCCGCUCGCCGCUCGCCGCCGCAGCGCCAGCGCCCCGUCGACGACGUUUCCCUCACGCAUUCAAUCGCGCCCACACGCGGAACCCUUGCCGGCCGCCGGCGAUGCGACCCGUCCUGGCUCCGGCGACCAUCCUCCCGGCAGCGGCUGGAGCUGGGGCGCCGCCGCCCGCCGCAGAUGUGCUCCCCAUCCGCCGCAUCCGAGGCUUGACGCGCCAGCAGCAGCAACAGCCGAGGCUGAAUCGGGCGCUGCAGAUGGCGACCACGUUGACCUCACCCGCCAUGAUCCUCCUGCUGCAAGGCCAAGGAGAGGCCGGCCGGCGUCCGGAGAUGGCCGACGACCACUCCGACCUCGACCAGGAGGAGCUCUUCCACCCACCAAAUUAAAGAACAAAUCAGGAUGCAUGAUAGAGGUUGGUGUCAUCACGGGAUCAGUGGCCAUCAUGCAAGACUUCAUGUUUUGUAAGCCUCAUGAUCAAGAUUCCUUAGCUCCAGCAGGAUAUAAAUGAGGCAGUGUUAGGCAUGAGACUUGAGCUCUCAUUACUUCAUUCUCAUUGUCAAAUGGUUAUAAAUUUCUCUAGUUCCUUUUUGACAAGUUGUGCUAGGAGUAUUUCAUAAAUACAGAAUAGGCAGCCAUAAUUCUGCGUUGGUGAUAAAUUGUGCUAGGAGUACUUAAUUGUAGAUUUUC